AUGUCGGAACGAAAAACGGGAUCUAGCAGGUCGUCAUCGUCGUCAAGAGGAGCUACGCAAACGGUUGUGGAUAGUAUUUCGUCGUCAGGUAGCGUUCAAUUCAGCCGCGUUCAGCCGCAGUCCCCCGGUCAUCGUACCGUUCAUUGUAACGAUCGUGAAUAUAACUAUCUAGCCAAAUUUCUGGGAAAUGCAGUAUCAACAACGAAGUACAACCUUUUUACAUUUUUCCCCAAGGGUCUGUAUGAACAGUUCAGGCGGGUGGCGAACCUUUACUUUCUUACAAUCUCAUGCUUAUCAUUUACACCUGUCAGUCCUGUUAGUCCAAUUACAAAUGUAAUUCCGCUAAGUAUUGUGCUUUUGGUUUCCCUAAUCAAGGAGGCAUUUGAAGACUGGAAGCGACUUCAAAAUGAUAUGACGAUAAAUAAUUCUCCAGUUGACUUGCUGCAAGACCAAAAAUGGGUGUCUGUCCCCUGGAAGAUGCUGCAGGUUGGGGAUAUAAUUAGAGUGAAGCAAGAUGGGUUCUUUCCAGCAGAUUUAGUAUUCCUUGCAACAACAAAUCCUGAUGGUGUUUGUUACACUGAGACUGCAAACCUCGAUGGUGAAACAAAUCUUAAAAUUAGGAAAGCUUUGGAGAAGACAUGGGACUAUGUAACCCCCGAGAGAGCAUCAGAAUUUAAAGGAGAAAUACAGUGCGAGCAACCCAAUAAUUCACUUUAUACGUUCAGUGGGAAUUUGGUACUUCAAAACCAAACUUUGCCCCUUGGUCCAAAUCAAAUUCUGUUGCGGGGAUGUAGUCUCCGGAACACGGAGUAUAUUGUUGGGGCUGUAGUAUUCACAGGACAUGAAACUAAGGUAAUGAUGAACGCAAUGAAUGUCCCUUCGAAAAGGAGUACACUUGAAAAAAAACUGGACAAAGUAAUAGCUACUCUUUUUGGUGUUCUCCUUUCAUUGUGUCUCGUUGGGGCUAUAGGCUGUGCUAUUUUUGUAAAUGUGAGGCAUUACUACUUGCAGCUUGAUGUUAAUGAUGAAUCUCAGCAGUUUAAUCCUGGAAACAGACUUCUUGUCUUUGUUCUGAGCAUCUUUACCCUGAUCACUCUCUAUUCACCAAUUAUUCCCAUUUCCCUUUAUGUUUCUAUUGAGAUGAUCAAAUUUAUUCAGUCAACUCAGUUCAUCAAUAAUGACUUGCAUAUGUACCAUCCGGAAACCAAUACCCCUGCAUUGGCACGGACGUCCAAUUUAAAUGAAGAACUUGGGCAGGUGGAGUACAUAUUUUCUGAUAAAACUGGAACUCUUACGAGAAACCUAAUGGAGUUCUUUAAGUGUUCAAUUGGUGGAGAGACAUAUGGAACUGGUGUUACUGAAAUAGAAGUGGGAGUAGCAAACAUGGAGGAGGUACAGAAUCCAUCAACCAAAACACAUGAUAAGGGUUUCAAUUUUGAUGAUGCUAGGCUUAUGUGUGGUGCUUGGAGGAAUGAGCCUAAUCCCGAUAUGUGUAAGGAGUUUUUCAGAUGCCUUGCUAUCUGUCAUACUGUCCUCCCUGAAGGGGAAGAGACCCCCGACAAGAUUCGAUAUCAAGCUGCAUCCCCCGAUGAGGCUGCUUUAGUUACUGCCGCAAAAAAAUUUGGCUUCUUCUUUUACAGGCGUACACCUACAAUGGUAUAUGUUCGUGAAUCGCAUGUGGAGAAAAUGGGGAAUGUUCAAGAUGUUUCAUAUGAAAUUCUUAAUGUCCUUGAGUUUAACAGUACUAGAAAACGGCAGUCUGUUGUAUGUCGUUACCGAGAUGGAAGGCUGGUAUUGUACUGCAAAGGGGCCGAUUCUGUAAUUUACGAGAGAUUAAGAGAUGGAAAUGAUGAAAUAAAAAAGAUUACUAGGGUGCAUAUGGAACAAUACGGAGAAGCGGGAUUGCGAACUCUUUGCCUGGCUUAUAGAGAUUUAAGUCCAGAUAUGUAUGAAAGCUGGAAUGAGAAGUUUAUCCAAGCUAAAUCUUCUCUACGAGACCGUGAGAAGAAAUUGGAGGAGGUGGCAGAAAUGAUAGAAAAGGAUCUUAGUUUGAUUGGGUGCACUGCUAUAGAAGACAAGCUUCAAGAAGGGGUACCAGCCUGCAUAGAAACUCUUUCUAAAGCGGGUUUAAAGAUAUGGGUGCUUACAGGGGAUAAGUUGGAAACAGCAAUAAAUAUAGCUUAUGCUUGUAAGUUGAUUAACAAUGACAUGAAGCAGUUUACUAUCAGUUCAGAAACCGACGAGAUUAGACACGUUGAAAGCAGAGGUGACCAGGUGGAAAUUGCUCAAUUUAUAAAAGAGACGGUUAAAACCGAAUUACAGAAGUAUCAUAAAGAAGCACAAAGGAUCCUUAGUAGUCAAUCCGGUCAAAAGUUGGCUCUUCUUAUAGACGGGAAGUGCUUAAUGUAUGCUUUAGACCCGAGUUUGAGGUCGAUGUUGCUUAAUUUGAGUUUGAACUGUAGUUCAGUUGUCUGCUGCCGUGUUUCUCCUUUACAGAAGGCGCAGGUGACAAGACUGGUGAGAAAAGGUGCAAACAAGAUAACUCUAAGUAUUGGUGAUGGCGCAAAUGAUGUUGGAAUGAUUCAAGCAGCAAAUAUUGGGGUCGGGAUUAGUGGUUUGGAAGGAAUGCAGGCAGUGAUGGCUAGUGAUUUUGCAAUUGCCCAGUUUCGCUUUUUGACAGAUUUACUCCUUGUGCAUGGACGGUGGUCAUAUCUUAGAUUAUGCAAGGUCGUGUCCUACUUCUUUUACAAGAAUCUUACUUUCACGUUGACUCAAUUUUGGUAUACUUUCCAAACUGGGUUCUCGGGUCAAAGAUUCUAUGAUGAUUGGUGUCAGUCUUUGUACAAUGUCAUUUUCACCGCCUUGCCUGUUGUCAUUGUUGGACUGCUUGACAAGGAUGUGAGUGUAUCCCUUUCAAAGAACUAUCCACAGUUAUACCAAGAGGGAAUAAAGGAUUCCUUCUUUAACUGGAGAAUUGUCGGUACAUUGGCUUUCUUUGCAGUUUACCAAUCAAUAAUCGUAUACAACUUUGUGGUCGUUUCGAGUACAUCGGGGUUGACCUCAUCAGGAUUGAUGUUGGGCCAUUGGGAUGUUAGCACAUUGGCAUUCACGUGUCUUGUGAUUACAGUCAAUUUGCGUCUUCUUAUGAUGUGUAGCACGGUUACAAAGUGGCAUAACAUAAGCAUAGGAGGCAGCGUUCUAUUAUGGUUCAUAUUCAUAUUCAUAUACUCCAUCGUUUUUGUAAAUAAGGGCACCUUUUUCACCAUAUAUGUGCUAAUGAGUACCGUCUACUUCUAUCUGAUGGUCAUUCUUGUACCAACUUUUGCACUUUUAGCAGACUUCAUAUACCAAGGGUUCCAGAGAUGGUUAUUCCCAUACGAUUAUCAGAUUGUUCAGGAAAUCCAUAGGCACGAGUCAGAUUCUGUUGGUGUAGGAUUGCUGGAUAUAGCUAACCAACUGAGCCCAGAAGAAGAAAGAAGGUAUGCAUUUGCUAUGCUCCCAAAGGAGAAGUCAAAGCACACAGGUUUCGCCUUCGACUCACCAGGAUACGAGUCAUUUUUUGCUAAUCAGCAAGGAGUGGUUGCACCCCAUAAAGCUUGGGAUGUCGUUCGAAGAGCUAGCAUGAAACCAAAGGACAAAAAACCUUUAAACAGCUAAUAGAAUAGUGAGAGGUUUAUAUAGAAACGCACGAAAGAACAUACAUAUAGAGUGAGAACUUUGGAAAGAGAAUUAAAAAUCCUUCUGUUUUGGUUAGUAUUAGGUUUCUACAAAUUUCAACUUUAUUUUUGUUCACAAGGUAUAGGCAGUAUAACAAUAGUGAUGUCAGAAAAAACAAAGAGAUUUAUCAGUCGCGGUUCUUUCCUUAUUCGUUGAUCGUCAUCUUCUUUUAGCUUCUUUAGGUUGUACGAACAUCGUCCAGACCCUUAAAAUCGACUUGUGUACAUUCCAUGAUGAAUGCACAGGGAUGAAACCUGUGUUAGUUUCAAUUUCUGUGAUACAUAGAUGUAAUGCCACAAACUACAAAGAAAUGUAUUCUUUUAAUCCAUAAAGUGAGGCAUCCGAUUAAAUCUAUUCUCAGCAUAACCAGUUUGUUUGCUA